GCCGGCCGCCGGCAGAUGAAUAGCAGGUCUGUUCCAGCAGCUGCGCGUCCCGGUCCAGCGAGGAGAGAGGCUGCGGGAGCACGGAGUGCCCCACUCCUUGCAUGGUCCGCCGAGGAAGGGAUCUGGGGGCAGCAGGAUGGCCUCAGAAGGGGAGAGCAUCAACCUGCAAGGCACGAAUCCUCACCUCCGGAUGAGCGGCCCGAUGAACAUCAACCACUACGCGACGAAGAAGAGCGUGGCGGAGAGCAUGCUGGACGUGGCGCUGUUCAUGGCGAACGUCACCCAGCUCAAGGCAGUGCUGGAGCAGGGGGCUUCCUUCCAGUACUACAUCACCCUCAUCGUGCUCAUCAGCAUCUCCCUCUUCUUCCAGGUGGUGAUCGGGAUUCUCCUCAUCAUCAGCGCUCGCCUGAACCUGAAUGACGUUGCAAAGCAACCCCGCCUGAAUAUACUCAACAAUACUGCCACGGCUCUCAUCUUCAUCACAGUCAUCAUCAACAUCUUCAUCACAGCCUUUGGGGUGCAGAAGACAGGCCUCUACCCUACCAGGAAUUUUCGACCUUAUUAAGUCAAGGGGCAAUGGAGCCAGGUAAGAAAGGGGACCUGAGCCACGUGCCUGGAGGUGGCUGGAAGCUCCCCUCUGUGAAUGCACCACCUUGGCAGGACCCCGUCAAUGAAUGCAGAGAACCGGGUGAAACUUUCCGAACCUGUCCGCGCUUCCUGGCAUGGCAGCCCCUUGCUGUGACGUUCACACAGUUCUGCAAGGGUGACAGCUUCCACUGCUAUCUGAAACUAGAGCAAACUUUGCAGCGAUUUCUAGAGAAAGCUGCAGGAACAGCAGCAGGUACACGAUUUCAAAGCGUACUUCUGUAAAUCUCAUCUCGUAUUUUAGCUGCCUGCUUCACAUAUCCAGCAUUGGCUCAUUUUGUAGAGAAGACCGGACAAUUUACUUUGUAGGAUAAAUAAACAGAAAAUGUCCAGCUUUUUGGCUCAGGCAUAAUUUGCUAUAUUUAAAGCAGUGCUGUCUAAUAGUUUACCUCCCAAAUGUAGGAACAGAUUUCUCAAACGAAAAAAAAAUGUUCUCAUGGGAGGAUAGGGAAGUGUGUGUAUGUCAGCAUGGCUAAAAAGAGUUCAACUAUUUUCCUAGUUGUUUAAAAAUAAAAUUAAAUGAGAAACAGUUAUGAAAACAAUCAUAUAUUUCCAGCAUUGGGAAAGUAACAAUGACAGAAAAUAUUAUGAUCUUAUGUCAUUGCCAGGGACCCAUCAGGAAUGCUGUCUGAGCAGCCUGACAAUAGGUAGGAGAAAAACAUUAUACCUAAUGAGGCAUCCUAGGCUUAAUUGCCACGAUGGGAAAUGACAAAUGAAUAGUGUAUUACUUUAUAAAUAAAUCACCAUCAUAUAAGGUGUUAUCGCUAACAUAUAUGUUUUUAAAUACCUAAUCUUCACAUUAACAAUAUUGGGAACUCUCUUCUACUGCAACAUUUUUCCUUAUAAAAUGUCUUUGAAUUACUGAUUUUUCAGAUUUUCUUCAGAGUAAAAACAGUGGAUCCUAAAUUUUGUAAUGAUGUAAUCAUGCUAAAAUUGAUAUUUUAGUAGCCUGGCAUAAUCCUAUUUAAAUAAUUCUAUGCUUUUCUGAUUAUUAAAUGAUUUUUUUUUCCUUCGUAUGGCA